AUGCCAGGAGAUAACAAAUUCUACAAAUAUUUUGUAGUUUACCCGUUUAAUGUUCUCUCCAUUUCGAAAUUAACUGUGAUUGUACUUCUUAUACUAUCUCUAUACGGAUGGGAUGUAAAACAAAAGACUUCCGGUAGCAAUUUUCUGUUGGCAAUUUAUGAUAUUCUAGCGAUUGGGGUUGCGGCAAUAUCCCUUUGGUUUAUUGUUCAAAAGUUCUACUGGCUCAAAGUGGUGAGUUAUAAAAAAUUGGGAUAUUGUUUUCAUUACAUUUUUUACUGUAGACGGACAGAAGAAUCCGUGUUCAACAUAAUCGGAAUUCUUCUCUCCCUUGCCUCAAUCUCCACUAGCUUUGUCACAACUCUAGAUCCUGUAUCCAUGCAAUCGGUAAAAUAUUAUUCAAUGGUGAUUAUAUACAACUCUCAUUUCCAGAUGACCCAUAUUCUAACCCUCUCUAUCUGGAUAUUCUCUGCAUUUUGGGCAUGGAGAGAGACGUACAAUAACGUGAGCAAUCUGUUCAUUUCCGAAUGGGGAGAUGGCGGUGAGGAAACGGAAAUCGAAUACCUGGAGCAGCAUUUCUGA